AUGCCUGACGAGAAGCACAACUACGACCCCCUUGAGAUCCCAAUACCCAGCUACGAAGAGGCCACCUCUUCGCGUCCCACCUCCUCCGCAGCCCGCUUCGGCCCCUCCGAAAUCAGCGACGAUGCCGAACGGCAAGGCUUACUCGGAUCUUCCGCCGCUCUUCAUACACCCCAGACUCGGGGCGGACAGCAUGGCUACCAAGCACCUUCCGUCCAGUCCGUAGACUCCGAAGACAGCGACCUCGACAUCUUCGAGGACGCGGGUGGCAGCGAACAUGAAGAGGCAGAAGGGGCGCGGGUAAUGGAAGAGAUGGGCAUACUCGACCCCGAAUACGCAGAUGCAGGUGGAGGGGGAGGAGGAAGCCACAUGCGCUCCCGCCUCUCGAAGCGAAUAUCUAGCCUAACGACCACGCUCUCUGCUCUCAACCUUCCCUCCUUCCGCAACCCCUUUCCCUCCGUCUCAUUCGACUACUUUACACAAAGGCUGCCUAGGAUACCGCGGAUAUCAGAAGAGUUCAAAAUUAAGUGGACUAUUGUUGCGCGCCUGGUGGGACUGUUUGUCAUCAUCAGCGUGGUGUACGCGCUCCUUGUGCUGGAGGUCCUGCCGAACCGCGGCCUGAACCCCUUCUUCCCUCCUGAGCAGGCCCGCAUAGUCGCGCAGUCCAGCGCCGACGAGAACCGCAUCCGCUCGUACCUCAAGUACAUCACCUCCAUCGACCACAUGGCUGGGACGUCGGGUAACGCGUGGCUGGCUUCGUGGAUCGAGAACCAUUUCCGCAAUUCGGGGAUGGAUGAUGUAGGGGUUCUGCAUUACGAGGUGUAUUUGAACUAUCCGACUGCUGGGGGCAGAAGAGUUGCCAUUGUUGAGCCGCCGGAGUUGGCGUGGGAGGCAAAGCUGGAAGAAGAAAAUGUGUACGAGAAUCCGACGCCGCAGCAGCAGCAGACUAUGGUGUUUCAUGGGCACUCGAGGGCUGGAAAUGUUACAGGCCCGCUGGUAUACGCAAACUAUGGGUCAAGAGAGGACUUCAAGCGGUUGGAGGAUAUGGGUAUUGAUGUGAAAGGCAGUAUUGUAUUAGUACGCUAUUACGGGACACAGGGAGACAGGGCGCUGAAAGUCAAGGCUGCUGAGCUGGCUGGCGCCGUUGGGUGCUUGAUCUAUUCGGACCCGAAAGAAGAUGGGUUUCUCAAGGGUGAUGUGUGGCCCAAAGGACGGUGGAGACCAAGUGACGGGGUGCAAAGAGGCGCCGUCAGUCUCAUGAGUUGGGUGGUAGGCGACAUUCUGACCCCUGGAUGGGCGAGUAUCAAGGGGGCGAAGAGGGUAAGCAAGGACAAUAAUCCGGGACUUGUCAACAUCCCUAGCCUGCCCCUAGCAUGGCGAGAUGCGCAGAGGCUACUCCAGGUGCUCAAAGGGCAUGGACAGAAAGGACCCCAGGAGUGGGUGGGAGGUGUGCCGGGCGUCGAAGAAUGGUGGACUGGCGACAAGACGUCUCCAAUCGUGCAUUUGAAGAACGAGCAGGAUGAGGUAGAGAAGAGUCCCAUACAGAAUGUGCUAGGCCUGUUCCGUGGCGUCGAAGCCCAGGGCAAGAAGAUAUACGUCGGCAAUCACCGGGAUUCGUGGUGCUUCGGAGCAGCAGAUCCAGGCAGCGGCACAGCCGUAAUGCUCGAAGUCGUCAACAUUCUGACCACCCUCCGCGCAAACGGCUGGGCACCGCUCCGCAGUAUUUACUUCGCUUCCUGGGACGCCGAAGAAUAUAACUUGAUCGGCAGCACGGAGUACGUCGAGGAUCACAUCGAAGAUCUGCGCAAGAACGGCGUCGCAUAUCUGAACGUGGACGUUGGCGUAGUUGGUGACGAGUUCCGCGCGGCUGCCUCGCCCCUCUUCAAUCACGCCCUCAUGCGUGUGCUAGACCGAGUCUCAGAUCCGGUGAGGAACGUCACCCUGCGGCAACUGUGGGAUGAUCGUAAGAGCAAGCUCGAAGGCUUAGGCGCAGGGAGCGAUUACGUGGCUUUCCAAGACCUCGCUGGUACAUCGAGCAUCGACUUCGGCUUCAAAGGACCGGGGUUUCCAUACCAUAGCUGCUAUGAGACAUUCGAAUGGAUGGAGCAGUUCGGCGAUCCUGGGUUUCUGUACCACAAGACGCUAGCUCAGGUAUGGGCGCUUCUCAUCCUUGAGCUGGCUCAGGAGCCACUUCUGCCGUUCGAUCUUUCAGCAUACGCCACCGCAGUAAGCGGCUACAUCGAAGAUCUGGAGCACUACGCCGCCGACCGAAGCGCCGUCAACUUCGACAUUGGUCCGCUAAGACAGGCAGCAGAAUUGUUCGAGCAGAACGCGAAGGCGUUCAAGGACUGGGAGACUUUCUGGUUCAGUCAGGUCCGCACCGGUUUCGAGACCAAUGCUAUCGGUAUAAUGCGCGGAGAUCACAACGCGCGUAUGAGUGAUUUUGAGACAAAUUUGCUUGACCUGCCGAAGCAUGGGAAGGAUGAUGGAGAGCAGCAUGGAGUCCCUGGCAGAGAGCAGUUCAAGCAUAUCGUCUUUGGUCCUCAGGCCUGGUCUGGCUACGACGAGGCGUACUUCCCAGCCGUGCGGGAUGCCAUUGAUUCUGGUGAUUGGGGCGGAGCACAGACGCAGCUCGAGAAGGCUGCACGUAUAUUGAGUGAGGCCAGUGAGAGGCUGGUGCGGUAG